AUUGUUGUUAAUAAUAUAGAAGGAAGAUGGCUGCUAACGAUUCUCCUGGCGGUGAUGAUUCUCUUUAUCCAAUUGCGGUUUUAAUUGAUGAAUUAAGAAAUGAGGAUGUUCAGCUACGACUCAACAGUAUAAAAAAGCUGUCAACAAUUGCUUUAGCUUUGGGCGUAGAAAGAACCAGAAAAGAACUCAUCCCAUUUUUAACAGAUACUAUAUAUGACGAGGAUGAAGUUCUUCUGGCAUUGGCAGAGCAGUUGGGUCAAUUUGCUGAUCUCGUUGGUGGUCCAGAAUAUGUCCACACUUUACUUCUUCCUUUAGAAAGUUUGGCAACAGUUGAAGAAACCGUAGUAAGGGAAAAAGCUGUUGAAUCACUCCGUUUAAUCUCAGCCCAACACUCGCAAGAUGAUCUGGAAAAACAUUUUGUACCAUUAGUGAAACGACUGGCUGUGGGGGAUUGGUUCACUUCUCGCAUGUCUGUCUGUGGUCUCUUUAGUGUUUGUUAUCCUCGAGUUUCGGCAGCAAUUAAAGCUGAUUUGAGACAAAAUUUUCGUAAUCUUUGUGGUGAUGAUACCCCAAUGGUAAGACGUGCCGUAGCUUCAAAGUUAGGUGAAUUUGCUAAAGUUAUUGAAUUGGACUACCUAAAAUCAGACUUGGUACCACUGUUCACUGCUCUUGCUAGUGAUGAACAGGAUUCUGUGAGAUUGCUCGCAAUUGAAGCAUGUGGUAGCAUAGCAUCUCUGUUAUCUCCAGAGGACACUGAACAUUUAGUGAUGCCGACAUUGAGAGAAGCAGCUGUUGACAAGUCCUGGAGGGUGAGGUACAUGAUUGCUGACAAGUUCACAGAGUUGCAAAAGGCAGUUGGCCCAGAAAUUACAAAGAGUGAACUGGUACCAGCAUUUCAAAGUCUUCUGAAGGACUGUGAGGCUGAGGUAAGGGCUGCUGCAGCACAGAAGGUUAAAGAUUUUUGUGAGAACUUGCCAGUGGACAGCAGGGAGCAAAUAAUAAUGACCAACAUACUUCCCUGCCUGAAGGAGCUGGUUUCUGAUUCCAACACACAUGUCAAGUCUGCCCUGGCAUCUGUCAUCAUGGGUCUCUCCACUGUUCUUGGCAGAGAAAACACUGUUGAGCACCUCCUACCAUUGUUCCUGACACAACUGAAAGAUGAUUGUCCUGAAGUGAGGUUGAACAUUAUCUCCAAUCUGGAAAGAGUAAAUGAAGUUAUAGGUGUGAAGCAGUUGUCACAGAGCAUCCUGCCAGCAAUUGUAGAGUUGGCUGAAGAUUCAAAGUGGAGAGUUAGACUGGCUAUCAUUGAGUACAUGCCGCUGCUAGCCGGGCAAUUGGGUGUAGAGUUUUUCAAUGACAAGUUGAAUGCACUGUUCAUGGCGUGGCUUCUUGAUCAUGUGUAUGCCAUCCGUGAGGCAGCCACUCUGAACUUGAAGAAGUUAGUUGAAAAAUUUGGAGUAGAAUGGGCCCAGGGGACAGCUAUCCCAAAGGUCAUCCAAAUGUCUAAGGACCAAAAUUAUUUACAUCGACUAACUUGUCUCUUCAGCAUUAAUCUUUUGGCAGAAGUCUGUGGCUCUGAACUGUCUCUAAAGUUGAUGAUGCCAACUGUUCUUUCCAUGGCUGGAGACAAUGUUGCAAAUGUUCGCUUCAAUGUUGCAAAGACACUUCAGAGGCUUGGGCCCAUGUUCGAUCAAAACUUCCUACAGCAACAAGUGAAACCAUGCUUGCAGAAAUUAAAAGCAGAUCCUGACAUAGAUGUACAAUACUUUGCUGUUGAGUCUCUUGAAGACACCAGUGAAAUGGGUUUGGCUAAAAUGAGAAAGAUUGGCGUUAAUUGA